AUGACCCUGAGCAAAGUGCAUGCCAAGAUACAGGAGGAGAAAAGGAAACUGAAUCCGGUCGACGGACGAAGGUUCAACUCACGCAGCAGGGAAAAGAUGGAGAGAGAAAUCAGAGUCCUCAAAAGGAGCACAUGGAAGCUUGCCCAGAAGAACGCCGCAGCGAGACAGAGUCACAAAGGAGUAUUUUCGCAAGAAGAGAUUGCGUUCGCAGAAGAAGAGAAAAAAAAGUUCAGGGAGCAGCUUGAGAUCAACAAGCCGAGUGUUUCGGUGCGUGCUUCGUGA